AUGAACUUCUUGAACCGUCAUGGCACUCGGGUCGACAGCAACUGGCCUCGCCUGAAAACGCUGUUGGAACACGCCAAGGACUCCAAGAUUCCUCCCAGUAGUUGGAAAACACAGAUCCUGGUCAACGCAGUUGAUGACUUCGGAGCACAAUCUGGACCUUACGCCUUCGAAGACGAGGGCAGUCUGGAUGACGGCGACUCCAAGGAGGAUGACAGGUCUGGAAACCGUGACGACAGCAAGAAAAAGCCUCUGGAUCUCUCGCACGAUUCGUCAAGUCCACAGCAGACGCCCAAGAAACCCAAGGCGUCGGACAAGUCUCGAUCUCAAGGUACGGUUCAGCUUCGCCCCUCUGCGUACGCGCCGAAUGAUCAUGACGCUCUGGAUGCCACCAAACGGCCACUCCGGACCAUCACUCAGGUACGCGAGUCUCUGGAAGAUCUCCCGGUAGUCUGGUCCAAGCAACGUUCGGACCUGCAACAGGUCAUGCUUUCCGGACUUGACUAUCAGGAUGCUCUGGACCUGGUCAGCGGGGACAACGAGGUGCACACCCGGAUCACAUCGCGGGCUUUAACUCAAAUGUUGGUCCGGAUGAUGUACUGGGGCAAGCUCGACCAGACUCCGUGGACCAAGUACGUACCGACGUGGUACUUCAAAAGCGCGGAGGCGCUCAUCGAGUCAACGGACGAAAUUCCGGAUCGCUGGCCCAACUUAAAGAAGGUUCGUCUGGAAGAUGAAGCUGAGAUCUAG